AUGUGUGUUGAAUAUGUCUAUGCUCCAAGUACAUUUAGUAGAUAUCUUUAUGACUAAUAGCUUUGUAUUGAAUGUGAAUUAGGUUACAUUGUUUCAAAAAAUUAUAAAUCAUGCAUUGAAUUUAGAUUUUAGUUGUCUCAUCUUUAAUAUGCAAACUGCAAGAGGUUAGCGUAGGAUGGCUUAUGUGCAGAGGCUUUAGAUGGUAUUCAGUUGCUCCCAAAUAACUAGUAUACUAUGGUCAAAGAUUAAAAAUUUUUGGAGAGAUGUGCUAUAGUAAAUGAAAGUGAAACAGAAUGCUUAUUUCCAAGGUUUGGGUUUAUUUUAGAUACUAUUACAAAAAAUAUAUUCAAAGAUACAUUUAAAACUUUUUGUGCUUUGUUUGAUUCAUAAUUUUAGAAAUGUUAGUAGUUUUAGUAGGGAUUUUAUUCAUAUUUUUAAACUUAAUAAGGAAUAUAUUUAGGAGAAAAUUUUGUCAACCCAGACUAAAUUUCAAUGUUUUCUCAUUUAAUAUAAUGUAAAGAUAACUAUAUUUAUAUUGAAAGAUAUUAUGACAAAUUAGUAGGAUGCUUUAAAUAAGAAUAAAUACUUGAAAAAGAAAAUUUUAGGUGUUCAUAUUCAUAUGCAUUAAAAGAUGAUAAAUCUAAGUGUUAAGUAAUUAUACCUUUUUGUUAAGAGUAUUUUGAAAUAUAAGGAAAAGAACUAUGUUCAAAAUGUUUUCCUUUCUAUAAGCUUCAUCUUUAAAGUUGUAUUAAAAUGUCUGGAUGCUUAAUUAUAAGCAGAAAGAAUCCCAAUCAAUGUUUAAGCUGUAACAUUGAAAGCAUACUUAUCAAUGGUGAAUGUAUUAUGUAAAAUUAAAGACACCUUUUUAGUUAAUAGAAUCUUCACGAUAAACGUUAAAAGCUUUUAAAAAUCUAAUAAAAUCACCAAAAUGACUCACAAAACUUAUUUAAUUAUACAUCUCUUGGUAUAAGGAUUAAUUAAAAUAAAAUAAUUUAGAAUUCAUAUAAUUAGCUAUUUUUGAAGCAAAGAUUAAUAGAGUUUAAAAAAAAAUAGUUAUAAAAUGAAGAGGACUUUUAAAAUAAUUAAAUUAAAGCUUUUAGUUAACCUAUUCUUUUAAAGCAGCCUUCAGAAUAGUUUGAUUAAACUAAAAUGAAUAAUUAGUGCAUAUUCAACAAUGAAAAGAAAUGCAUAUACUGCAUUGAUUAUGGAAGUUAUUAUGUUAAUGAGUAAAGAAACGAAUGCUCUAUUAGGAUACUAUCUAUUUACUGUGAGCAUUAAGCAUAUAAUAUUGAUGCUUGCUUAAGCUUGUAGUGCUAAAUUAAUUCAGCCAUAAAUUAAAAUUUAAUAGAAAACUUUGAUUUAAAAAAUGUAAUGGUUUUAAAUUAUUUAAAACAUUUAUCAGAAAUAUUUUUAGGUUCAGAAAAUAUAAUGACAGAUACUGAAAAAGAAAAAAAAAAUAAAUAAUAUUAGUUUUAUGGUAUUGAUUUUGGCAAGCAAGAUUAAAUAUGUGUAAACUUUUUUUAUAAGCUUGAAAAAAAUGAGAAAAUUUUUAAUAAUUAUAACUAUUUUGAAUGUGAAAAAAAUAUUAUAAGUAGAUAAGAUUUCCCUUACUUAAUUUAUAAAUGUCUUUAUAACAAUUCUAACCUAGAAAUCAAGGAUAUUUCAUUUGAAAAAUGUACGAAAUACAAUAAUGAACAUUCUUUUUGUUUGGAGUGUGAAUAAGGAUUUUAUUUCAGCUCGAAAACUAUGAAGUGCGAGUAAAAUAUUUAAAAUUGCAUUAUCCAUAGCAUAUAAAAUACUUGUAUCUUAUGUUAAAGUGGUUAUAAUUUAGUAAAAGGAUCACGUUGCGAAGCUAUAUGUGGAAUUAGUAUACCUGGGAGUGUAAAUCGUUUUCAUUCAUUUUUUACUUAUAAAAACCUUGAUUCUGAUUUUACAAUUUGCAAAGAAACCAAAAUACCUUGUAAGUAAUUUAUAAAUGAUAAAUGCAUAGAAUGCUUUGAAGGAUACUAUAUAGAUUAUUCUUCAGAUAAUAAUUGUUUUAUUGAUUCAUAAUUUCCAGACUGUAAAAUUGUAAAUAAUGUAUUUUAUGUGAAAAAGGAUAUGUCUUAUUUCAAGGAUUAUGCUUUUGUCAAACUUAAAAAUGUAUGA